GGCGCCGGCGGCGGUAGGACAGGCCGCGCCGUACGCCCGGGAACCGAGGUAGCCCGCGCGGGAAACGCCGCAGUGCAAGCCGGGCGGCCGGCAAAUGUCGCGAGAAUACCUCCAGGCCUAACGGGAUUUUCGGCUUCCGGCAGGAGUGGGACCAGGGGCGGGGACUGAUGUUGCGUAUACCAGGAGCGAGCUGACGACUGGCGUGGUGCCUCCGCCCCCCUUUCUUGUUGCAUGGCAACAACAAACACUUGCUCCUGCGGACCAGGUUCUCGGAGGAGUUGGUGCUGGGCGGAGUCAGAGCAGCUCUUGAGGUUCAAGGAGGCGGGGGAGACCUGAGCUCACGCUUGCUGAGACAGAAGUCACAGCAGGAUUAUGCCCCUCAGGGCAAGAGGAAGAGUUCAGAAACUGCCGCCGUAACCCAAGAACAAGGUUGCAUGCAGAGCCAACCUAAGAGCUUCAAAAUCGGGAUUCCUUACUGAGAAAGAUGUAUAACAUAAACCAGUCAACAGAUACCAAGGAAGCAGCAGCCAUCGAGGCCAGAAGAAAUCGAGAAAAAGAGCGACAAAACCGAUUCUUCAAUGUGCGGAACCGAGUCAUGGGGGUGGAUGUCCAGGCCCUGAACAACCAGGUAGGAGACCGAAAGUGUCGGGAAGCAGCAGAAAGAAGCAAGGAGGCAGCUUAUGGUACCAGCCAGGUGCAGUAUGAUGUGGUAGUCCAGAUGUUAGAGAAGGAAGAGGCAGAUCGAACACGUCGGCUGGCCAAGAAAGUCCAGGAGUUUCGGGAGCAGAAGCAGCAGCUCAAGAACGGGCGUGAAUUUAGUCUUUGGGAUCCAGACCAAGUCUGGAAGGGGCUUCCAACCUAUCUUAGUUACAGUAAUACCUAUCCUGGUCCAGCCAGCCUGCAGUACUUCUCUGGGGAAGACCUAGACAGGGCCACACGGCUGAGAAUGCAGCAGGGGCAGUUCAGGUACAACUUGGAAAGGCAGCAGCAGGAGCAACAGCAAGCCAAGGUUGAUGAGAAUUGUGCAGAUGCGCUCAGUAACCAGCUGCGCCUCGCCAUGGACGCGCAGGCCACCCAUCUGGCCAGGCUGGAGGAGUCCUGUCGUGCGGCCAUGAUGUGUGCCAUGGCCAACGCCAACAAAGCACAGGCAGCUGUGCAGGCUGGGCGUCAGCGCUGUGAGCGUCAGCGUGAAAAGAAGGCCAACCUUGUGGAGAUCCAGCACCAGAGCACAAGUGACCUACUGACUGAAAACCCCCAGGUCGCCCAACACCGUACAGCUCCCCACCGGGUCCUGCCCUAUUGCUGGAAGGGCAUGACUCUAGAGCAGCGAGCUGCCAUCAGGAAAGAGCAGGAAGUACAACGCUCUAAGAAGGAAGCUCACCGUCAGGCUGAGAAAACACUGGAUACUGAAUGGAAAAGCCAGACCAUGAGUUCAGCCCAGGCAUUGCUGGAGCUAGAAGAGCAGGAGAGGGAAUUGUGUGCUGUAUUUCAAAGGGGUCUAGGCUCUUUCAACCAGCAGCUGGCUAAUGAGCAAAAAGCCCAGCAGGAUUACCUGAAUUCAGUAAUCUAUACCAAUCAACCUACAGCCCAGUAUCACCGGCAGUUUAACACCAGCAGCCGCUAAGUUCAAGAUGUUUAUCUCUUCCUUCUCCUCCAUCAAGCUCACAGUCAGUUAGGAGUCAAAGAGAAAAAUGCUGCAUACUCCCACCUUCUAACCUAGGUAAUAAAGUUCUUCACUCAAAAUCAA